UACCUAUAACUGCUGGACUCUGGCCCAAUUUGAGGGCAUAGAGAAGAUCUCACAGUGUGGAACGCACUGCCCUCAGGGACUCCACUGCAAAAGCCAGCCCUACUUUUCCUUUCACCCCUGUGAAAAUGCGCCAGAGCUUCUCCGGAGUCCUCUUUUCCACAAUGUCAGCAUCUCCACAGUGAUGAAAUGUAAAAAGAAGCAACAGUGUUCAUUAUAUCUGAACGUCGUCAUGGCAAUGCAAAGCAUUGAGAGCGUGCAGGGUGUGGCCGUGUGCAUGGGCCCUGCGGGGAUGCUGGAACAGUGCACAGCCAUCUACUUCCGAGGGCCGGGGAGAAAGCGCCUCCAGGGACAGCAGGUGAAAGUUCGCAACGACUGCUUUGAGGUGAGAGCAAGCCAAGAAGUCCGGGUGACGCUGAGAACAGUCCCCGAAUACUGUGAUCUGACCUGGUCCCAAGUGUACAGCGUUCAAGGUUGUAAUAAUGAAGACCUGAGGAACAAUGUUCCAGAAUGCAUCACUGGCAAAAUAGAGUACACUGUGGACAUGGAAAGGAGGGAGCUGUCUGUGACUGUGCAGGAUAUGCUGGAGGACAAAGACUAUCACCUGCGCCUGUGCCAUCGUUCGUACACCUGCAGCGGCACGGGGGCGCACGUGUUGAUUAAAAAAGAGAACCCGUUCAAGAAUGUAACAUUUCGGUAUUCCAGACUUCUGCCCUGUUUGUGCAUCGAGGGAUGGUCACACAUGACUGAUGCCCCAAGAGUUCAAGUCUGCCCUUUCAAAAACUGUACGGAGGAACUGUGGUCCGAGAUGUCCUUUGACAUCCGAGGGGAAGUCUUGUCAUGGGAGCCAUCGUGUCCCACUGAUGCGGUCGUCACGCUGUGCCAAGCAGUGCAAGAGAGCGACUGUGUGGACCUGCUCAACUCCAGCCAGGUCAUCCGCAGAGGAAAGGUCACAUACUCCAAGGUAGACCCGCACCCACAGCUUUGCAUGAAGUUUACAAUGAGAGAUGGAGUUUGGGUUCGAUGUCCCUUUGCCAGUGGGAAAUUUCCAGUGUGGGAUCUGAUGGUGACAACUAGAGCCCGUCGACAUGAAGCCGUGCUGACGUCUCAGAUGAAGAACCAGUUCUCUCUGAGCGUGUGCAGAAAAGGCGAGGCCUUUACAUGCACUGAGAUCACUACGGUCACUGUGGAUAAGGAGAAUGACACAGCUGUAAGCCUCCCUGCAGAUGUGUGUGACCCUGAUGUGUGUGUACAGGUGAAGAGGGCCGACAUCCAGUUCUCAGCUGCUGUCCUCCGGUGCCAUCUCCCGUGCAUAAACAGAGACCCAGUUAUCUGGGAUUUGGAGCAGAUGCUGUUUUUGGGUCUCGCGUGCCUGACAGCAGUUGUCAUCGCAGCCCUUGCAGCAAAUAUCGUGCUAACAGUUUACCAGAGAAGGAGCUUAAAAGAUGGACAUGCUGGUGGGUGGCUGUGUGCACCACGUGGAGCAGCUCAUUGCCAAACAGCCAUGGUCAUCCUCCUCUACACCCCAGAAGAUGAAGCCCAUGCCCACCUGGUCAAGGAUCUAGAGAAGUUCCUCACCAGCUUGAACCUGUCUGUAAAGCUCACUGAUUUGGACAAGGGGCAGGUGGAGCAGACCCUCUUUGCAGGGUUACUGGGCACCAUCACGAUGCUGCUUUGGUCCAAAGGGUGCAGCCGGCAUAUUGGAAGGCUCAGCAGAAGCAAGGCCUGGGAUCCCUCGCCAAAGGUGGCCUGCCCCCCCUCUCUGGUAAUACGGUGUGACAUGGUGACAUAUGACACAUGCACCAUGGCCUCUGGGGAGGUGCCGUCCUGGCUCAGCGCCAUCCCACUGGAACAGGUGAAAUAUUUACUUACCCAGGGUUACAGCCCUGAGAAGUUCUCCACCCAGCAGCAGCUCCUCACCUUUGGGAACUAUAACACACACAUCCAGAGUUCCAAUCCAAAUACUGUGCACUCAGAACACUGUGAAAAAGCCAAUUUACUGGGAUUUUCCACUUGAGGAAAAAAAAAUAUAUAUGUACACACACACACCCUACUCAGAACAAGCAGUUACUGAAACUAGAAUAUUGGAAAUUUUAAUAACCGUUUAUUCUGAGCAGGGUCGCGAUGAACUGGAGCACAAGAUGGGUCCACUCUGGAUGGGACGUGUGUGUGUCUAUACAUAUUACACACACUCUAUUUAAGUUCUUUUAAAAGCUGUUGCUCAGAAAAAAAGAAUUACAUAAUGUAGAUCUGUGAUACUACAAAGCAGCCAGUGUCAUUUUUAAGCCAAUAUGUUUCUACUUUAUUCUUCUGUUGCUGUCAAUAUUAUUGUUGCUUUAUAUAAAUGUAAUGCUUUCAAUGCUUCUGUUUAGAUCCAUAAAGUUCUCAAUAAAGUUAAGAAGGU